AAUACGGUUGUGGGUUGGCAGAACAAAUAUGGACGCGGCUUUGUAAACAAUCGAGUGUAGUCGAAGAGAAGUAUUUGUUUAUGCAAUUUGUCAGACGUGUUGUAGCAAGUAAACUGUCUGUGUAAUACAGCAACGCCAAGCUGAUUACAUUCACGUAUAAAAAUGUUGAAUAUCCUGAAAGCAGAGAUAGAGAAAAAGCGUAAAUUACUGGAGGAGAAAGAGCUCCUGAAACCGAACAAGAAGUACUUCAAGCGGGCAGAGCUGGUUGCCAAGGAGACGGAGGAGUACCGCCGCAAGUGCGGCGUGGGCGGCAGCGAGGAGGCGGAGCGGCAGUCGGAGAGCGAGCAGCUGGGGGCGGACUCCCGAGACGGCGACCUCACCGACGACGGCGUGCCGACGCUGCCGCGCAAGGAGGUGGUGCGGAGGCUGCGCGAGCGUGGCGAGCCCGUCCUCCUCUUCGGGGAGACUGAGCUCGAGUCGUUCCGCAGGCUGCGGCGCAGCGAGAUCCUCGAGCCGGAAGUCAACCGCGGGCUGCGUAACGACUUCCAGGAGGCACUCGAAAAGGUGGACCAAGCAUUUCUCGACGAGAUCCUCGCGUCGUCCCGUGGCACGGACGAGCACGGCGGCAGGGAGGGCGGAACCUCGUCGAACGACGUGAAAGUGCAGGACGACGGCGUGAGCUACGAGGAGAUCCAGCGCAUGGCCGUGGAUCUCGGCAAGGGCGACCGUGAGCUCGACAUGCAGGUCAUCACGCACUUCAUCCAGUUCCUCCUCAAGAUGUGGGGCCACCAGCUGAACAGCCGGUCGCAGGCUGAGAAGAUGACUGUGCGGGGAAAGCUGGCCUGUGCCACGUACACCCAGACUCAGGUGUACCUGAAGCCCCUACUGCGUAAGCUGAAGACGCGCAGUGUGCCCGAGGACAUAGCGGAGAGUCUGACGGAGAUUACGAGGUACAUGCUCGACCGGGACUACAUCCGCGCCAGCGACUCCUACUUGCAGAUGGCCAUUGGAAAUGCACCUUGGCCCAUUGGUGUCACUAUGGUGGGUAUCCACGCACGUACCGGGCGAGAGAAGAUCUUCUCGAAGAAUGUGGCGCACGUGAUGAACGACGAGACCCAGCGGAAGUACCUGCAGGGGCUGAAGAGGCUGAUGACCAAGUGCCAGCAGUAUUUCCCCACCGACCCGUCCCGCUGUGUCGAGUACUCCAGGCUGGAGAAUUCUACGCCGUAGCGAUAGCAGUACGGGCUGUACGAUUACCGAUUCCACCUUCACCCGAGUUGCUGCACAUUUCCAAUACGACACCAGACUCUCGCCCGCAAUAGAGGAAGAACAGUAUGCCAGACAGGCAGGUAUAAAAGAAGUUACGGCUGAACCACCAGUAAUUUGUAUACUACCUUGUGGAACUAUAACAUUUGAAUCAAAAUGUAUGUAAUCUAAAAACAUGACAGUUCGUACUUCCGAGGAUAGUUAAAAAAAACAGCCAUUUAUGAAUUUGUUAUGUGACAGUUGGUCCUGUCUUCGUGAGCCUUUUAACAGUUUUAGAACUGGAGCAUGCUCUGGGGCAAAUACUGCAAAAAACUGUCACGUUUAUUUGCAUGUUCUACAGUUUAAAUGAUGAACAGACUAGCCUUAAUUCAAAUUCAAACAAAAUGUUUUCAAAUCAAGAUAUGUUGUAAUCUAUUGUUACUUAUGUCUAUAUGAUAAAGAGGAUUUGUAACAAAAAGGUAGAGUAACAAUAAGUCUUUAUUACAUUAAAAAAUAAAAAUUUGUCAAAAAUGACAAAUGGCAAACAAUUUCUUUGUUUUAUAGCCAUAUAUUAUAACACAUGAGGUAUAUGGGCUCCCCAAUGUACAUAAAACUAUGUAAAUAAAUUACUGUAAUACAUUUGUUUAGAAUUUCAGUUGAUCAUUACCUGUAGGUAUAAUGGAUGCACUACAUUAAUAAGAGACUCUUUCAUGAGUCACCUGGAGUACUAUAAGAACUUGAGCAACCAUUUUAAUGUGGGGCUUUCCUGCAACUAGAACCCUAAAAUUGAAAGUGCAGUCUUACUGAAAUGUGUCAACAAUUCACAAGCCUGUAAUACUGCAGCAAGCCUUGUUAAAAAAAAAAAAAAUGUUGUACUGAAAAUAUUAUCGGUGCAGAAUACUUCAACUAAGGUGAUUACUUAUGUAGAUAUAUAUGACUAAAAAGAUAAACACACUGCACAGCUAAGUGCGCAGUACUUACAUAGUACAAGAAUAGAGUUAAAAAUACAACUGCACAUAGUGAGCGAGUGUCGAUUCUGAGCUAAAUGAGGUCAAUUUAACCAGGUUACUGACUACAAUAUUAACUAGUAAUUAAUUAAAAAAUUUUAAGAUUUCACUUACAGGCAACAGAUCUUUGUCAUUGUCCGAAGCAGGUACUUUCCUUUGUACAAGCUAUUACUAAUUCUAUUAGCCUCAUAGCUGUGUGAUUAUUGCACAUAGCACUGAAUCAUUACAAAGUACUGAAGUUGCACAAAUAUUACUCUCAUUUUAGUGAUUACAUACUGUCAACAAAAAUGUAUAAAACAAUAAAGCUUUAUUAUAUAAGGUAUUUGCUACUGUUAUAUCACUGGAGUAUGCAGAUAUGAACUGUAAUACCUGCAGAUUUCUUCAGCUCCACGGCUGAGAUCAAUGCUGGUCAUUUACACUGACAUUUGUACUAAAGAGUUAUACUCAGGCGUUGAAAAAUCACAGCUUUGUAUAAAGGAUGAGAUCCAGUUUUCGUGAAGAUAUUAAAAACAGUUCGUAUCAGAAAACAGGCUCCUCUAAAAACUAAUUAUACUUAAAACUGAGGUCACUGUUUUCUUUAUAUUUAGCUAAAUAGCAACAUGCUUACCAGUCAGAUAAUAAAGCAUAUAUGCUACAACAAUAAAAAUAUAUUCCUUUGGAAUAGCUUCUAAUAUAUCUAUAACCCACAAAACAGGAUUUGCAUACUGAAAUUGCUUAUAUUGCAAAUACAUUAUACAAAUAAAAUUGUGUAUUUCAAUAAUCAAAUAACACACUUUAAUUAUGCUGUGUGAGCCAUAAAUGUCAAUAGUGCAAGACUGUCAUCUGGGCAAAUAACCCUGUAUGACUUAUCAACUGAAAUAAAUGCUCUCUACUAGCAGAA